AUGUCUUAUCUUCGAACUACUUGGAACAAUUCUGUCCUUCUCCACCCGCCUGGUUUUUACAUAAUUGGUUUCCAGACUUUACCUCUGAUCAGUAUCUACUUUAUCUUUUUAGCUUUUGUUUAUGCUGUAACUGUACUUUUUAAUGGUCUGGUGAUUUAUGUCAUAGUCUUCAACAGUGCUUUGCGAACUCCAAAAUUCUUAGCAGUGGUUAACCUUGCCAUUAUUGACUUAAUCCUAAGUACAUGCAUUAUCCCUAGUAUGAUCAAAAUAUUCCUAGUCAAAGACAAUUUUAUCCCAUUUAACCUUUGCUUGGUCCAAAUGUACACCUAUUACACAUUUGUGUCUUUGGAGUCCUGUGCUCUUGCUAUUCUCGCCUAUGACAGAUUGGUUGCCAUAUGCUUUCCUAUGCAACAAAACUCUGUGAACACACUGAAGUCCAUGUCCUUUAUCGUGGCAGUAACGUGGUCUCUAUUCAUAGGAAUUGUCGCCUUUGCAGUGGGUAUAAUUACUUGGCUGUCUUUUUGUAGGUCGCUUACAGUUUUUAGCUACUUUUGUGAUUACAGCCCUGUGUAUAGGUUGUCAUGUAACGAUUAUUCAGUACACUUUUAUACAGCAUCUCUUUUGUCAAUUCUAUUGCUCGUUUUACCAUUUCUCUUCAUCGUCAUGACUUAUAUUUCCAUAAUAAUAACAGUGUUCAAUAUGAAGUCUGUUGUUAGAAGAAUCAAAACUUUAAGUACAUGUGUGGAGCAUGUCAUACUAGUGGGUAUUUUUUACCUCCCUCUUUUCAUAAUUUAUAUUUAUGGCUUUUAUUUUGGAGGGAUUCACCCAGACCACCGGGUUUUGUGUUUGUCACUGGCUUCCUGUGUCGCACCUUGUUUGAAUCCGAUUGUUUACUCACUGAAAACUAAAGAGAUCAAAGUAAGGUUUAAAGCUAUUGUGAGGAAACAGAAGAUUUGGGCAAUAAAAGCAAUAUCAAUUUAG